AUGUCUGACAGGCGGGAUUCAGAAAAAGAAAAACUCAGUACUCUUUCUGAUGUGGCAAAAUUCAACUAUGCCUUGAAGCAGUUUCAGACACUGAUUGGAAAAACAGUCGCCCAGAAGAGGGAGGAAAGAUUAGGGAUGUACAUUAAAGAUCAGGAUGAAAUAGAUUAUGAUAAAUUCUAUGAGACAGUACAAACCCUCUUUGGUCCAGAAGUGAAGGAUCAAGAUGUUAAGACCUUUUUCAGGAAGAUUAGCAACAAUCCUGAUGGAAGAAUAGAAUGGUGUGAGAUCUUUGGCUAUUUUAUAGUAGAAGGUGAUGCCCUCGCUUCCCAGCUAGAUGAAGAAAACAUGGUUUUCCUGGUGUCCCGAAGACAGCGGAUUACAAAAGCAGGUGUCAAGAGACGAGAUGUGAUUAAGUGUAUAGCAAAGGUGCCACAAUUGGAUUUCAUGGUAACAGCAUCUCAGAAAGGAACGUUAACCAUUUUUAACAGUCAGAUGAGGGUUCUGACAAGCACAAACAUUGCAGAUAGUUCCUGGGUUACUGGAUGUGAUUAUCUUACUCAGCUCAAACGGAUUGUUGCUGUAACUGAAAGGACUGUUGUCGUCUGGGAUUAUAAAUCACAAGGCAGCUGCCAGGAUAAUUGCUUUAUCAUCAAACCAAUGGAACAUUGUCUGCUGUGUGUUUGUACGGUGAAUUUAGGAGAUCAGCUAGCUAAGGAUGACAUCCUAAUGGGAGAUGAUGGGGGUCAUGUCAACCUUUUUACAGUGACCAGCGAUGACUUUGGACUAAAGCAAUCGAAAGCCAAAAAGAAAUCACAAUUGCAGAUCCUGGACUCCAGGAAAUUCAAGAAUAUUAAACGAAAACUCCAUGAUGACUGGGUUGUGAAGGUUAAGUUUAUCUCUGCCCUGAAUUGUUUUGGAUCCUGCUCCUUAGACAGUGUUCAUUCGUUCGUUUUGGAUGACUUAAAGAGACUAGAGGACAACUUACCUGUCAGGGAGUUUUCUGUCCCAAGAGGAGUUAAUGCCUUCACAUACUGUGGAAAAGCAAAUAUCAUUGUUACUGGAGGUGAUGAUAAAGUUCUACGUUUAUGGCAUCCCAAUAUAAACACCAAGCCAGUGGGCAAGUUGUUGGGACACUUAUUUAGUGUCAUGGAGAUUGUCACAAAUGAAAAAGAUCAGCACAUUAUUAGCCUUUCCACUGCGAAG